AGAGUUAUUGCUCAAACAGAUCGAACAAGAAUGUCAAUUGCAUCUUUCUACAACCCAGGGAAUGAUGCUGUGAUCUAUCCAGCAAAAGCGUUGGUGGAAAAGGAACCAGCAGAGAGUGAAGGAGUUUACCCAAAAUUCGUAUUUGAUGAUUACAUGAAACUAUAUGCUGGCUUGAAGUUCCAGGCGAAGGAACCGAGGUUUGAAGCCAUGAAAGCAGCAGAAUCUAAUGUCACUUCUGGUUCUGUUGCAACAGCUUAA